UAUUCCGGACAUCAUCAUCUGAUGUACACAUGUUCCAGCAGGUCAACACCCGCAGCCUUCCUUUCUUCCCCCUUCAGACCACUCAUCGUCAUCGAUCCCCCGGUCUCCACUCUCUCGUCACCGCCAGCGAUCGUGUCUCUCCCUCUCUCUCGGCAACAAUGGCCGCUGUCUCAAUCUCCUCAUCGUCGCCACUACUCAGCAAGUACAAGGUCGCGCUGUUGCAGCUGCCGGUGUCGCCGCGCAGGGAGGAGAACAUCGCCCGCGCGCGCUCCCGCGUCGACGCCGCCGCGGCCGCCGGCGCCACGCUCGUCGUCCUCCCGGAGAUAUGGAGCUGCCCUUACUCGAUGGAGACGGCGCCGGGCUACGGCGAGGACAUAGACGGCGGAGCAUCGCCGUCGAUCUCGAUGCUGUCGGAGGCCGCCUCCCGGAGGAAGAUCACCAUUGUAGGAGGGUCGAUUCCUGAGAGAUCCUCCGGGCGGCUGUUCAACACCUGCUGUGUGAUCGGUCCGGAUGGACAGAUAAAAGCCAAGCAUAGGAAACUCCAUUUGUUUGAGAUUGACAUCCCAGGAGACAUCAUUUUCAGUGAAUCUGACACCUUCACCGCUGGACAAGAACCUACUGUAGUUGACACUGAUGUUGGACGGAUUGGCAUUGGGAUAUGCCAUGACAUCAGAUUUCCAGAAUUGGCAAUGCUGUAUAGAUCAAGAGGUGCACACUUGGUAUGCUAUCCUUCUGCAUUCAACAUGAGCACCGGGCAGCUUCUUUGGGACCUUAUGCAGAAGUCCAGGGCUGUUGACAAUCAGUUGUUUGUGGUGACAUGCUCGCCAGCAAGAGACCCUGAUGCAGCAUCGGACUUCAUGAUCUGGGGCCAUUCAAGCCUCAUUGGACCAUUUGGUGAAGUCAUUGCAGCGGCAGGGCACGAGGAAGCAACUGUCAUAGGCGAAAUCGACCUCUCUAUGAUCCAAACCAUAAGGGCGAGCCUCCCAUUGGAGAUGCAGAGGAGGGAGGACAUGUACCAAUUGGUGGAUGUCAGGGGAGAAUCUGCAGAGGCCACAAUGCAUGCGCAGCUUGACCAAAUGCCAACUGCAAUGAGGUAGAAAUGGCGAUCCAUCAUCUAUCCUGAAAAUAUAGGAUGAAGACUAUAAAUUGAGCUCCAACAGAACAGCUAUCCUAUCAUCUAUUUU